AUGGAGCUUUUUGGGAGCUUUGUUCGGCCCCGUGGAGAGACUUUGGGGUUCCCAGUUUUGGUUUGUUUUUCCCAGCUGGCUGCGGAUGGCACAGUCAUGAACACCUUCACCCACAAAUGUCAGCUCCCCGAAGACGUGGACCCCACAUCAGUGUCAUCCUCACUGGGGGACGAUGGCACGUUGACCAUCCGGGCUCAACGCCAACCUGCCAAGCACACUGAACACGUCCAGCAAACCUUCCGGACUGAGAUCAAGAUCUGA